AUGAGCGGCGCGGUGCCCUGCGGAGCCGCCCGGCCUGGCCGGGGCUCGCCGGGAUGCGGGAGAAAAGCUGCACCUCCCGCCGCCCGGCUCGGGGCCCCUCCGCACCCCUCCACCCUGCAGCGGCACCUUCCCUCACACACGCCCCUCAACAAAAGGGACCAACUUGGGCACAGGCUGAGCGGGGUGGGGAUGUCCCCCCCAGCAACAGCCACGGGUACCCCAGGGGGACAGGGGGGUUACCGAGACGAGCCCGCCACUCGCUGCCACCAUUUUGGGCAAGGGGGACCCACCGCCGGCUCCGUCCCGAGCCCCCCCUCCCUGCCCCUCUUUGUGUGCGGGCACCGACCGGCCCGGCGGAACAAUGCGGCCCGGCGACUGUCGGCCCCGCUCCGCUCGCGGCUGCCCCUGCCGUGCGCCCCGCCGGGUCCGGAGCUGGGGGAAGGAGGGGAUCCUGCUCGCCGCCACUCCGGGACGGACGCGCCGAAAGUUUGCGAGCGCGCCCGGGAGGGACGGGGAAGUGUUUGCCUUUACCCCAAGCGGAGGCGUGACCCCUCGCCGCAUCGCGCCGGGACCCAGCUGCACGCCGGGGGUGGGGGUGCGCCCCUCGCCCCACUGCCCGCCUGCACCGGGACCGGUGUGCGAGACCCGCCGGGCGGCGGGAGCGCAGCGGGGACGGCGCCACGGCACAGAAAGACGGAGACCGGCCGGCGGCUGCCCGGCGGGGCGGGCAGCGUGCGGAAAACGGCGGCCGCGGGGCUCUCACCUCGAUCUCGAAGUCGGGCAGGCGAAACGCGGUGCGAAAGAGGGAGCAGAAGUGCGCGAUGGCCGGGACUUCCCACCAGGAGCGGAGCUCGUCCAGCGCCACCGCCGCCUCGGGGCCACCGGUACCGGCCACGCCGUCCCCGCCGCCGCCGCCGCAGCCGCCGUCCUCCUCCGGGCACAUCUCCCGCGGCUGCCUCCCUGCCUGCCGCCCGCUCGCUCCGUCCCUCAGUCCGCGGGCGGCUGCGUGCCGCCGCCGAUCGGCGCUCCGGCUCCGCCCGCCCCCCGGCGCCGCGCCACGCCGCUCAGCCGCCGCCCCCCGGCGGCCCCGCGCUGCCCCCUCGCUGCCGCCCGCGCAUGGGGCGGCUCGGCGCCGGCGUGGGGGCGCUAGGGCUGGCGAGGGCGCUGCUGCUGCUGCUGCCGCCGGCGGCCGCCGCCGCUGCCCGGACCCAUCCUCCUCCGCCUCCCCGCGCCCUGCAGAGAAACGGCCGCGCCGCCGGGAACAGAUGGGCUCGGGCCGGGGGACACGGGGAGGAGAGGGGGGGGUGA